GAGAGGCUUCUUCAUGGUCAGGAGUCUGUCUCUCUACCUGUUAUUCACUUCAGUAAGGAUUGAUUGAUAUGGUGUUUGGUGAUCAUCUCUGAAUGAACAAUGGAGAUGUAUGGUGUCCUGCUUCUGCUCGCUGUUAUUGUCAGUAUUGAGACUCAAGUUGUGCACAGGGACGUUCAGUUUACUGGAUGUUCUGAUACAGAGAAAGAGUUUUUGAUUGGAUUUGAUGGAGAGGAACUGUGGCAUGCAGACUUCAUUAGAAAAGAAGGAGUAGUGACACUGCCUGACUUUGCAGAUCCCGUCAGCUUUCCUGGAUUUUAUGAGGCUGGUCUUUCUAAUAUAGAGGUCUGCAAACAAAACUUAGCCCAAUACAUUAAGCUUUCCAAACCCACAGUUGAGCAACUAGCCCCCCCAGAUGCUUCCAUCUAUUCAGAAGAUGACGUGGUGCUGGGUGUUGAGAACGCCCUCAUCUGUCUUGUGACUGGACUCUUCCCUCCACCUGUCAAUGUAUCCUGGACUAAAAACAAUCAGAUUGUGACAGAGGACGUGAGUCUAAGCCAGUACCGCAGGAAAAAUGAUGGCACCUUCAACAUCUUCUCCUCGCUGAGGUUCACACCUGCAGAGGGAGACAUUUACAGCUGUACUGUGUACCACAAAGCUCUGGAGAGACGUGGUAUAACCAAAACAUGGGAGGUGGAUGUUGCUGUACCCGGCAUCGGUCCAGCUGUGUUCUGUGGAGUGGGUCUGUCUCUGGGGCUGCUGGGAGUCGCUGCUGGAACCUUCUUCCUCAUUAAAGGAAAUAACUGCAACUGACAGAUCUGUUUUACAUGUCAACAAAUUCUUGUUUCAUAAUUCAGAUUCUUUGUAGUUAUAAUUAACAUUUCUCCACCAAUGAAAAUUCUGUAAAUGAAACCUUCUGGUACUAAAAAUAAUAAUUUUGUGUACCACUGUACAUGACAAACCAUGUUCAAGUUUG